UUAUCUUACGCCAAACGGCUUGGAUGGGAGAGUGUGUACAGUGAGGAGAGUGUGGAAAGCGUGUUUACGUAACGCGCAAGAGAGUCAUUCAUAUGUGUCCCCGUAAUGAACACCACUUAGUCAGAUGUGGCGUUUAAAGCGAUGUGGUUGUGCGGGAGGGGAAUGAGAUGUGUCCAGUAUUUCUUGUAUAGAACAGUUGGUCAAGAAAAUAUCUGCCACCUUAUAAACGACAGAUCAAAACGAACAAACUUUUUGAAUCAGUUUUGAGAUGUGGUGAAAAGUGGUGUGUCGUGCAGAAGGGAAGUGACACGUGUGGCCGCUAGUACAGUUGGCAAAGAAAAUAUCUCCCACCUCAAUAACGACAGAAUAUAACAUCAGUGAACAUAAUUUUUUUUAACAAGUUUCGGUGUGAAUUAUAUCCGUGUGUCUGUGGCUUGUGCGUGACCAAGAACCUCAGCGGAUAUAGAGUCUUACCGCGUGUGUUGCGUGCACAUGUCAGCGAGCGACAAGUGACUGAUGCGAGUGUCAUUGUGAGCUGCCGAAUUGGUGGUGGGUGUGUUUACUUCCUCCUGCACGAUGGCGGUGUCCUCGGCGGCGAUGAAAAGGCGAGACGGGAAACCGGAGGAGGGAGGAGAUAAUGGAGUGAAGUACAACAUAAACACAGUCAUUAUGACCGGCAUCUUGUCCGCCCUUCUGUCGCUGGUGCUCUUGCUCCUGGCCGCGCCCCCCGCCGCCCCCCGCCUGGUGGAGCUGUCCUACACCUACAACAAGGAUGCCCCCACCUCGCCCAAGCUGCGUCCCUUCAACAUGACCGUCUUGAAAAACGGCAUCAACGAACUGGGGAUAUGGGUUGUGCUGAACGAGUUCUGCACAUCGGAACACUCAGGGACCCACGUCGACGCUCCCAUUCACUUUGCACGAGACACAUGGGCUUUGGAUGAAAUUCCCCUGGAGCAUAUGUGGAGGGUGCCAGGUGUUCUGAUCGACGUGUCCCAGGCCGCCGCAGCUUCCAAAGAGAGGAAUUAUGCCAUCCCCGUGGAGGAGCUGGAGGCGUGGGAGAACCGCUACGGAGUCAUUCCUGACUUCUCGGUGGUCCUUCUCCGUACUGGGUGGGGCGCGAAGAGCCACGACAUUGCUGACUACUCAGGACUCGACGCAGAACGGAAAAACAACUUCCCCGGUCUGAGCGAGGAAGCCGCCACAUGGCUGGCCACGCACGGCUCCCGCCACGGCCACGUCACAGGAGUGGUGGGCGUGGGCAUCGACACCAUCUCCGUGGACGUGGGCAACUCCACCCACUACAAGGCCCAUAACGCCUUGUACUCCCGCAACUUGUACGGCAUGGAGAACAUGAACAACCUGGACAAGCUGCCGCCUCACAACUUCCUGGUCACCGUCAUGCCCAUGAGGAUCGGCGGCGGCAGUGGCGCCCCGGCACGCAUUAUCGCCGAGAUGUCGGACGAGCCAGUGGGGAUGCCCAUGCACCGCCAACACGUUGACUCGGCGGCCAUGGGUCUGCACGCCCAGGCGCAGCUGCUGCUGGUGGGAGUGGGGCUGUUGUUGAUCCCCCGCCGCGCACACUGAGCGAGGGAGUGGUACAGCGGCGCCCUCGUGUGUUGGCACUGAUAUGACACCUUCACUCAUUAAUUUCUAGUAUCUCUUUUACGAGUGAGCGUUUUGAUCGAUGGGCAUAAAGUUUUAGUAUGACAGCAUAGCUGUAGUACCUACAUAUUUUCUUUCAUGUGUCACUUCCACUUAGCUUUUAUUGUAAUUGUUUUGUCCCUCAAUAUUCUAGUUAAUAAAACUUCUGUGACA